GCUUUGCAUCGCUUUUCGCGGUGGAAUUUCAAUGCGCGUUCAUUGAGGAAGUUGUUGCGCGCUGUGGCGCGUUCGCGUUAAACCCGCCAGAAUGAGCGAGUGUAGAAACAGUUCGGACAGUCUUCAUUACGAGCAGAUACUGAACAGAUGGUAUUUUGACUAUCAGGUCUUUAAAGCCUUUAACGCCUUCAGAAAUGGAAAUUUUACAGCGUUCACGGAGUUUAUUAACAUUGUUGAGGAUGUGGUGGUCAGACCCAUGGAUGGACGCAGUGACAUUAUUGUCAAGCUUCGCUUCUUGCAGUUUCUGUCCAGGAUCAAUCAUGGAGAUCGGUUCGACAUCACGUUUGAAGACCCCUUGACUCCUCUUGAGUCUGCUCUCAAUGUACUGAAGUCCAUAUGCAGAGACAUGAAAGUCCCUCAGCGAGACCAUGAUCACAUAUCAAACUCUAUCAAAGAGAUGCUGGUUAUUGUUUGUAUCAAGGGUGGAGAGUUUGAGAGAGCCGAGCAGAUGAUCCAUAAACACUUUCCUAAAGGGAUGGAUUCAGCUGGCAAGAAGAAGCUGUACAUGAAUCUGAUCAGAAAUCGGCGUCGUUCUCAUUCAAUACUGCAGAUAAAUUCAUACAGUGACUUUAAACAGGACAUGCUGGAUUUCAUUGAGAGACUCUACAGUAUUCCUGAACCUUUCCUCAUCAAGAUGCUGAUGAGUCGAGAAAUACGGACGGCGAGCGAUGAGUCUCCUCAGAUCAGCGGCUCUGUACAGAAUCACAAUACAGCAGAAAACACCAACAUCUGCUCCACAUCACCUUCAUCUGGCUCAACGUUACCUCCUGCGGCCUCAGCGCAUGUGAGUUUGCAGAAUCUGCGUCUGGUUUACAGUAAACUCAGCGAGGUGUACGGGGUGAGCGUCCCCUUCUCACAGCUGCAGCAGGAGGUGGAGAAUAAAGCCCUGCUCGAGUACAAGAGACAGACCGACACCGAGCUUCAUCUGGUGCUGUCUGAGACGCAGCCGGAGUCAAAUGACACAGACCAGGACUCUGAGAGGAUGAAGGAUGUGGAGGUCCACCUGGAGCUACAGAACAACCGAGAGCAGGACUCUGAGGCUGUGAAGGACAUGGAGGUCCCCGGAGAACAGUGUGCUCCUGUACAGCCCCGCUACAAUGGAAUGACCAUAUCUCGCUUAGUACUGGAGGAUGACAGCCAGGUCAGUGAGAACGAGUCUCAGGAUGAUGUCAUGGCACAAGAUGAAGAGUCCACACAGAUCACGCCGGUCAGAUCCUCUCCACGGACACAAUCUGGCAGACGCAGAGUUCUUAGUCCAGAGUCUCAUCCUGAGACUCCAACACGUCAGACACGUCACAGCUGCUCUACAUCUGUCAGUCACACACAUCCAGGGAAACGGAAAGAGACUCCAACACGUCAGACGUGUCAAAGCAACCCUCUGUCUGUCAAUCACACGCAUGCAGAGCAAACGAGAGGAACUCCACCACGUCAGACGCGUCAAAGCAGCUCUCAUGCAGAGAAACAGAAAGAAACUCCACCACGUCAGACGCGUCAAAGCAGCUCUCAUGCAGAGAAACAGAAAGAAACUCCAACACGUCAGACGCGUCAAAGCAGCUCUCAUGCAGAGAAACUGAGAGCGACUCCAGCACGUAAGGCGCAUCAAAGCAGCUCACCGUCUGUCAGUCACGUGCAUGCAGAGAAACAGAACCAGACCCCAACGCGUCAAAGCAGCCCUCCGCCUGUCAGUCAUGCGCAUGCAGAGAAACAGAACCAGACCCCAACGCGUCAAAGCAGCCCUCCGCCUGUCAGUCAUGCGCAUGCAGAGAAAAAGACAGAGACCCCAAAGAGUCAUACGCGUCAAAGCAGCUCGUCGUCUGUCAGUCACAUGCAUGCAGAGAAACAGACAGAGACCCCAACGCGUCAAAGCAGCCCUCCGUCUGUCUGUCAUGCACAUGCAGAGAAACAGACAGAGACUCCAGUGCGUAAGAUGCGUCACAGCAGCUCACCAUCUGUCAGUCACACGCAUGCAAAGAAACAAAGCAAUACCCCAGUGCAUCAGACGCAUCACAGCAGCCCUCUGUCUGUCAGUCACAUGCAUGCAGAGAAACAGAAUGAGACCCCAGCACGUCAAAGCAGCUCUUCGUCUGUCAGUCAUGCGCAUGCAGAGAAACAGAAAGAAACUCCAACACGUCAGACCCAUCAAAGCAGCUCUUCGUCUGUCAGUCACGCGCAUGCAAAGAAACAGAACGAGACCCCAGCACGUCAAAACAGCUCUUCGUCUGUCAGUCACGUGCAUGCAGAGAAACAGAGAGGAACUCCGGCACAUCAGACGCAUCAAAGCAGCUCUUCAUCUGUCAGUCACGUGCAUGUAGAGAAACCGAGAGAAACUCCAGCACGUCAGACCCAUCAAAGCAGCUCUUCGUCUGUCAGUCACAUGCAUGCAGAGAAACAGAAUGAGACCCCAGCACGUCAAAGCAGCUCUUCAUCUGUCAGUCACGUGCAUGUAGAGAAACCGAGAGAAACUCCAGCACGUCAGACGCGUCACAGCAGCCCUCCGUCUGUCAGUCACAUGCAUGCAAAGAAGCAUCGCAACAAGAGGCCCAGAAUUGUCAGCAGUCCAGAAUCUGAACCUGAGGAGCAAACAGAAGCUCAGAGAGAACCUCAUAACAGCAGAGAGAAACCUGGAGAGAAACUGAGAGAAACUUCAGCGCGUCACAGCAGUCCUCCUUUUGUCAGUCACACACACAGAAAGAAACGACAGAGCAAAAGAAACAGAAUUGCUCCUGGUCCAGAAUCUGAUUCAGAUCAACAGACUGAAGAUCAGAACGAGACUCCUGUACAUCAGACACCAGACAAACAACAGGACAAGAGGUUGAUAGUUGUCUGUGAUUCAGACUCAGACUUUGAGCGUCAGACAGAAGUUCAUCAUGACAUCACAGCAUCUGUCAAUCAUUCACAUCCAGAGAAACAGAGAGCGACACAUAACAGCGGCGGGAAGAAACAUAAAGACAAGAGGCCGAGGAUUGUGAGUGAUUCAGAUUCUGAUUCACAGCGAGAGACGAACUCACAUCUGUCAUCCAUCAUAGAAACACACACAGAGAAACAGCGUCAGAGGGCCAAAAGAUGGCUGAACAUCUCAGGGACUCGUGAGGAUUGGAGUGAUGAGGAGUCGUUGUUUGGCACCGCUGCAGGUUCAUCACGUAAAGAGAAACAAACCAGAAAGAAGUGGACGGUUGAAGAGUCAAACUGGUUAAAGGACGGCGUGCUGCGUUUCGGCGAGGGCCGAUGGGGAAAAAUUCACUCGGCGUUCCCAUUUAAAGACCGCACACCCGUAAACCUGAAGGACCGCUGGAGAACCAUGAAAAAACUCAAACUUGUGUAACAGCUGAUUUUAUGUCAAGCUCUUAACUUUUCACAGGUUAAAAAAAUACUGGAAUAUACCUUUUUAUAAAAAAAACAUUUGUAAAUUGUUCCUAAAUGCUAUUUUAAAAAAGUUUUACUUUUUUCUUUUUUGUAUUAAACGUUUGACACAUUUGUGCAACGAUGUUGUUUUGACAGCGUUUUAAGAAUUAGUGUUUAAUUAAAACUGAACAUUCACAUUUAACUGGUGUAGUAUGUAAAUAAAGUUACACAUCUCA